UCCCCUCUACCUGAUCUGCCUUAUAAAGGAUACUUCUAAAGUCGAGGGCAACAGAUCGCCACACACUCACAGAAGCAACGGCUGAAAUUAACUUAAUUACUAGUUGGGUCUCUGGAUUACUCGUCCCCUUAGCAGAUUAUUUCUGAGAUCUCCUCUCAGGUGUGACACACAUUCAGCAGCAGCAGAGGAAGACAUUUCGGUAUGUCUAUUGGGUUGGAGUUAAUAGGCAUUUCCCUGUGCAUUUUGGGAUGGAUUAUUGCCAUUGUGGCGUGCGCCCUCCCCAUGUGGAGGGUAACGGCCUUCAUCGGCAGCAACAUUGUGACAGCUCAGAUCAUGUGGGAGGGCCUGUGGAUGACUUGCGUGGUCCAGAGCACAGGCCAGAUGCAGUGUAAGGUCUAUGACUCCAUGCUCGCCCUUUCUCAAGACCUCCAAGCUGCCCGUGCCCUCACCGUUAUCUCCAUUCUGUUAGCCAUCCUGGCUUUGCUCAUCUCCAUCGCUGGGGCCAAGUGCACAAACUGCAUUGACGACGAGGCAUCCAAGGCCAAGGUGAUGAUCAUCUCGGGGGUCUUCUUCAUUGUUGCCGGGGUCAUGCAGCUCAUCCCUGUCUCCUGGUCGGCCAACACCAUAAUCAGGGACUUCUACAACCCUCUACUUGCUGACCCUCAGCGGAGGGAACUGGGGGCAGCAAUGUACAUCGGCUGGGCAGCUGCUGCGCUCCUGAUUCUUGGUGGUGGACUGCUCUGUUGCUCCUGUCCACCACGUGAGACCAGAUACAACCCUUCACGAAUGGCUUACUCUGCCCCGCGGUCUGCAGGUGGCCCAGGGUUAGAAAGGAAAGACUAUGUAUGAAUGAAGGUCAAAGAGAAAAAGACAUUAUUGAAUCUCAAACCUGCUCUUGACACCAAACUGAGGGUGUACUGAGGAAAAGAGCUCAAGGAAACAAGGAGACUCCAUAAUGAAGGAUGUGUUUGAUUUAUUAAUGUUACUUUUCUCUGAAUUAGACUUCUGUUUUUCAGAGACUGACUAAAGAAACAUGCAAAAGACAAAGGAGUGGAAAUUAAGUCAUGUUUCCAAACCAAUAGACAUCUUUAAGGUCAACACGUUUAAUGUUAUUAUCAUUGUACGAUCAUAUACUUUUUAUACAGUCCUCGCUUGUUAAUGUUUAUUACUGAUUUUUUUUUUAAUAAAAAACAAAAUGACUGCUUAAUGUAUCACCUUUAUAAUAAGGCACCACUGUAAACAAAAGGGAAGAACUGUAAGUGUAAAAUGGUACGACAGGGUUAUCAACAGGAUUAUGUGUUGUAAAUACUGUAGUAAGAGUAUCAUUAAUAACCUGCAAAAGUCAAGACAGAUGACAACUGUAUUCAGUGCAGCUUUUAGUGCAGUGUGGGAAGGGUGGGAAUGGGGGAAGGGAGAGGACUAUGAACCUGUGUUCACCCAUAAAAGGAAUUGUCUGUGUGUAUUAUAUGCAACUGCAGUACAUGUAUCUCCCAAGUGUUUUUUAAAUAAACAUAACUUUUUUAAGAUA